CUCCAUCCGCCAUGUUGGAUGCCGCAGAUUCGCCAUAACCUCUCCGGCUCUUUUCUUAAAAAAAUAAAAAUAAACAGCGAAGCGUCCUCCGGGAGCCCCCGCCUUCUCGGUGACCACGGGAGGGAGCCUGGAAGAGCUCGAGGCUUUUUUUUUCGUCGGCGGUAGGGGCGUUGCCAUGGAGACGCGCGCGGCAGAAAACACAGCCAUCUUCAUGUGUAAAUGUUGCAAUCUCUUCUCACCAAAUCAGUCAGAGCUCCUGUCCCAUGUUUCAGAGAAGCAUGGGAAAGAAGGGGUUAAUGUGGAUGAUAUCAUCAUUCCCCUCAGGCCCCUGAGUACACCUGAACCCACCAACCCAAGCAAGACGGGAGAUGAGUGUUCCAUCAUGAAGAGAAAGAGAGGCAGGCCUAAGGGCUCCACAAAGAAACCCAGCACUGAAGAGGAGCUGGUGGAAAACCUCAUGAGCCCAAGUGAGGAUGGUCCCCUGGCUCCGGAGGAAGGGAACAGCCUGGCUCCCAGCAGCCUGGAGUGCACUAAAUGCUGCCGGAAGUUCUCCAACACUCGCCAGCUGCGCAAGCACAUCUGCAUCAUCGUGUUGAACCUGGGCGAGGAGGAAGGGGAUGCAGGUAAUGAGUCAGACCUUGAACUAGAAAAGAAGUACAAGGAAGAUGAACGAGAAAAGGCCCCGAAACGACCUCGGGCCUCGAAGACAGAGAAAGUCCAGAAGAUCUCGCUUUCUGGAACAAAGAAGCCCAUCAUCAGUGUGGUUCUAACUGCUCACGAAGCCAUUCCAGGUGCUACCAAGAUCAUUCCUGUGGAAGCUGGGCCCCCCGAAACAGGAGUGGCACAUGCUGAGAGCACCCCUACAGACCUGGUGCCACGGAGAGGGUACCAGGAGUACUCCAUCCAACAGACCCCCUAUGAGCAGCCCAUGAAGUCAAGCAGGUUAGGUCCCACCCAAUUGAAAAUCUUCACUUGUGAAUACUGCAACAAGGUCUUCAAGUUCAAGCACUCACUGCAGGCCCAUUUGCGGAUCCACACCAAUGAGAAGCCAUAUAAGUGUCCCCAGUGCAGUUAUGCCAGUGCCAUCAAGGCCAACCUCAAUGUUCACCUGCGCAAGCACACCGGGGAGAAGUUCGCUUGUGAGUGCUGCUCGUUCACCUGCCUGAGCAAGGGGCACCUGAAGGUGCACGUGGAGCGCGUGCACAAGAAGGUCAAGCAGCACUGUCGCUUCUGCAAGAAGAAGUACUCCGACGUCAAGAACCUCAUCAAGCACAUCCGGGACGCACAUGACCCUCAGGACAAGGAGGUCAAGGAGGCCCUGGACGAGCUCCGCCUGAUGACGCGGGAGGGCAAGCGGCAGCUGCUCUACGACUGCCACAUCUGCGAACGCAAGUUUAAGAAUGAGCUGGAUCGGGACCGCCACAUGCUGGUCCAUGGAGACAAAUGGCCAUUUGCUUGUGAGCUCUGUGGACAUGGGGCCACCAAGUACCAGGCGCUGGAGCUGCACGUCAGGAAGCACCCCUUUGUGUACGUCUGCUCCAUCUGUCUCAAGAAGUUCGUCAGCUCCAUCAGGCUGCGCUCCCACAUCAGAGAGGUGCACGGCCCGGCCCAGGAGGCCUUGGUCUUCACCAGCUCCAUCAACCAGAGCUUCUGUCUCCUGGAACCCGGUGGGGACAUCCAGCAAGAAGCCUUGGGGGACCCGCUGCAGUUGGUAGCAGAGGAGUUCGUGUGUCCUGAGAUGACUGUACUCAAGGCAGAGGGUCAGCCUGAGGUGGGACAGAGGGAGCCAGAGGUUCCUGGGGAAAUGGCUGCCCCAGCUGAGCCCUUGGCCACCCCGCAGACAGAAAGCACCCUGUCCCCCUGUGAACUGGAAACCACGGAGGUCUCCUCAGACCUGAACUCUCUUGCAGUGGUUUCGGAUGGUUUUCUGUUGAAAAGCGAUACCUCCUCAGCUGAGGCUCAUGCUGCCGCCGAGACGACCUUGGACACGCAGCAUGUGGCCUCAGCCCAGACUCAGGGAGAAGUCACACUGCUGCUGUCCAGGGCCAAAAGUCCCGACCCAAACCAGGAGUCGCACCGUGCCCAGAGCCCUCCCGGCCAAGGGCAGGAAGGGGCUGUCCUGCCAGCCAGUGAAUGUGACUCCAGCAGGUGUCUCAGGUCCAACCCAGCUGAAGCCUCAGGCCUCGUUCCCACCAUGGCUGGAGAGGGGGACGUGGGCUCGUGCCGUCCUGACUCCUGUGCGCUCUCCUCCGAGCUCCGGCCUGGCAGCACGGCCUUCAUGAAAGUUCUGGACAGUCUCCAGAAGAAGCAAAUGAACACGGGUCUGUGUGAGAGGAUCCGGAAAGUGUACGGGGACCUGGAGUGUGAAUACUGUGGCAAACUUUUUUGGUACCAAGUGCAUUUUGACAUGCACGUCCGCACGCACACCCGGGAACAUCUGUAUUAUUGCUCCCAGUGUCAUUACUCCUCCAUCACCAAAAACUGCCUUAAACGCCAUGUCAUUCAGAAACACAGUAACAUCUUGCUGAAGUGUCCCACCGAUGGCUGUGACUACUCCACUCCAGAUAAAUAUAAGCUGCAGGCCCACCUUAAAGUUCACACAGAGCUGGAUAAAAGGAGUUACUCUUGUCCAGUAUGUGAAAAAUCUUUUUCUGAAGAUCGUUUGAUAAAAUCACACAUCAAGACCAACCAUCCUGAGGUCUCUAUGAGCACCAUUUCUGAGGUUCUUGGGAGGAGGGUCCAGCUCAAAGGGCUAAUUGGAAAGAGAGCCAUGAAAUGUCCUUAUUGUGAUUUCUAUUUCAUGAAGAACGGCUCAGACCUUCAGCGUCAUAUCUGGGCCCAUGAAGGUGUGAAGCCCUUCAAGUGUUCUUUGUGUGAGUACGCAACUCGCAGCAAGAGCAACCUCAAGGCUCAUAUGAAUCGCCACAGCUCUGAGAAGACCCACCUUUGCGACAUGUGUGGCAAAAAGUUCAAAUCCAAAGGGACACUGAAGAGUCACAAGCUCCUUCACACAGCUGACGGGAAGCAGUUCAAGUGCACGGUGUGCGACUACACAGCAGCCCAGAAGCCCCCGCUGCUGCGGCACAUGGAGCAGCACGCCUCCUUCAAGCCUUUCCGCUGUGCGCACUGUCAUUACUCCUGCAACAUCUCUGGCUCACUGAAACGGCACUACAACCGGAAGCACCCUAACGAGGAGUAUGCCAACGUGGGCAGUGGGGAGCUUGCUGCCGAAGUGCUCAUCCAGCAAGGUGGCCUGAAGUGCCCUGUCUGCAGCUUCGUGUACGGCACCAAGUGGGAGUUUAACAGGCACUUGAAGAACAAACAUGGCUUGAAGGUGGUGGAAAUUGAUGGAGACUCCAAAUGGGAGCCAGCAACAGAAACUCCUGAGGAGCCCUCCACCCAGUAUCUCCACAUCACAGAGGCCGAAGAGGAUGUUCAGGGAACGCAAGCAGCUGUGGCCGCACUCCAGGACCUGCGAUACACCUCAGAGAGUGGCGACCGACUGGACCCCACCGCUGUGAACAUCCUGCAGCAGAUCAUUGAGCUGGGCGCAGAGACCCAUGAUGCCACUGCUGUUGCCUCAGUGGUUGCCAUGGCACCCGGAACAGUAACCGUGGUGAAACAGGUCACCGAUGAGGAGCCCAGUUCCAACCACACAGUCAUGAUCCAGGAGACCCUGCAGCAGGCCUCGGUGGAGCUGGCUGAGCAGCACCACCUGGUGGUGUCCUCCGAUGAGGUGGAGGGGAUCGAGACGGUGACUGUGUACACACAGGGCGGGGAGGCCUCCGAGUUCAUUGUGUAUGUGCAGGAGGCUGUGCAGCCCGUGGAGGAACAGGUUGGGGAGCAGCCAGCCCCAGAACUCUAGAGGCGUCCAGCCUCACGUGGUGCAAUGCAGGCAGCCAGGCUCUGUGGAUACUGGGAACUCCAGGACAAGGAAGCCACCCAGCCUGCCAGACCUGCAGAAUGGCAUUCUCUCUGUCUGCCCUGCCGGGUAGCCCUGAUAGGAUUCUCCACAUUGUCCUCUGGGUGGUCAAGGCCAGUGCUUCACCAGCAGUACAGGACCCCACUCCACAGCACGUGUACACCCAGGCCCUUUCCCAGCAUCCUCUGCUUCUAGAUGGAGCCUUAUAGCAUCAACUUUCCUGCUCUGUCCAUGUCACUCCUUGCUUGAGGAUGCCUCAGUCCCAUCGGCUUCAUCUCUGGUCACAGCCCAGCUCCCCAGGCUCCUCCCAGGUGCUCACUCUUGUCUGGGCCUCCUGUGUAAUCUGCAGAGUAGACACAGCAUCGCAUAGUAGGUAACCUUAUGGCUUUUGAGUCACUGCUGUGCAGGUAGGAUUGUUCUGGCCUUCUCCAUGGAGUUCCGCCCCCUCAGUACAGGGUUCUGCAGGCAAGUGAUUUGCCACCACUUCCCCCUCAUGGGUACCCAGUGUGGAAUUCUUUUGCUUUUAAUAAAAUGCACUUUCGCUUUUCA